AUGUUAACUGGAAAAUUUCCAUGGGAUCAACCAUCUGAUGAAGAUCCUGGAUAUAAACGUUGGUUAGCUGAAUAUUCAAAUGGAAAUUUAACAUCAUUAAAUAAUAUAAAUACAAUAAAUAAUAAUAGUAAUUCAUCAUCAACAACACCUGUGCUUAUACCUUUAUCAACAUCAAAAAAACGUAAAAUAAAUUCUACAUCAGUUCUUAAUAAACGUACAUCAUCAACAUCAUCAAUUGAUUCAUUACAACAUGCUAUAUCACCAAUAUCAACUGAUAAAUAUCAAACUGGUUUAAUAAAUCAACAAAUAACAACAUCAAUAUUAUCACCACUUGUUAGUAGUUUAUGUGAUUAUGGUGCGGCAUCAAAAGAGGGUCUUGAUGUAAAUUUAUUUCAAAAUGCUUGUAAAAAAAGUGAUCUACUUAAUCGAUCACUUUUAGCUAGUGCAACAAUUGAUCCUGCUACAAAGUUAAUGAAAUUAUUUAAUGAAAAAAUUUCACGAAUUACAAAUACAAGUGAAUCAACUGGACAGGUAAUCAUUUCUUUCAAAUAUUUUACACUUAAAGAUAGGGUUCAGGAUCUGCCGGAGCUUACUUGGAGCAUUGAAAAGUAUACGGAAGCUUUUCCGACCUAUAGACAUGCGAGACAAAGUCUUCGAUGUCCUAAGUUUCCCUGA